AUGUUGCUAUUGUUAGCUUUGCUAGCAUCCUUGUCGUUGGGCAUUGAUUUUGCGGCCUUGCAGCCUCGGCUUGAUGAUGGCGUAGUGGAAACACCACAUAUGGGGCCGGUAUGGAGCAGCUACAAUCACUACUCCUGUUCACCUAACGAAACUACGAUUCGUUCGAAUGAAAAGGCUUUAGUUGAUCUAGGCCUAGAUAAACUUGGCUAUCGAUACGUUGGAAUCGACUGUGGAUGGACAGUUGCCGAUCGAUUACCGAAUGGAUCUUUGAUUUGGAACGAGACAUUGUUCCCCAGCGGAGUCCACGCUGUCGGCCAAUACAUCCAUGAUUUGGAUUUGCUUUUCGGGGUCUACGAGGACGAGGGCAUCAAGACGGGCGGUACUGGCAUUGAUCAAGCAGGGAGUUUGUCCUCUGUUGGAGCACAUGACGUGAUGCUCCUUGAGUUGCGGGACACAACCACGGCAGGGGUAUAUGCAAGCGAAGAUUUCGCAACUGUGAACGGAGUUUGCCGGUCUUGCUGCCACGAAGACAACCAUCUUGCUUCAAUCGUUCUCAAAAGCAGCAAAAGCUCCAGUCGCGCCCUCUGCUCGAAGCGUACCGACAAAAUACCCCUGACUGCUGGAUCUCCGAACGAGGUAACAACUUUCUCCACAGUCUCAAUUAAAUCUAUCCGAAUUGCGUCUCCAUCGGGUACAUACUAUGCCUGCACAUCGUUCACACUUUGUGGCUCUACUAAACUCGAAGUGUGUGACGCUGGUUUCUGUACUCCUGUCGGAUCAAAAGUCGGGUAUAUUAAUGCAGAAAAUACCGUUCAUGCUACCAUUCCAGCAAGAGUUACUGAAACCGGAUCUGAACCUAGCACUGCUUCCAAGUAUUUGGAGAUAGACUAUAUUAACAAUGACAUUGCUUUUGCGACCAGUUGGGACUGGGGAUCCAGUUCUAGGAACUUGACAAUAUCUCUGAAUAGCGGAAACCCUGUUCGACUUGAAGUACCGCUAUCCGGUCGCCAUAGUGAACUCUUCGGUCCGGGCAAGAGGUGGUGGGAUAGCUCAAAGUUAGGCAUCUUGAUCGACGGUUGGAAGAAUGGUUCAAAUGGCUUUGUUACUGGAAAUGAGGUUGCUGGAGAUGUCUCACAAACCUAUGGCGCUGAUUUUGUUGGUCUACGUUUAUAUGACUAG